GUGAACGACCCAUUUUAUAAUUGUUGAUAAAUUUUUCUGGGAGUAGAUAGGAAUGACCCAAUUAAAUAUUUCCCCUCCACACGGACACUUGCAAUGCAGCUAGCAAAGAGCUGUUUGUCCAUCGAUCCACAUCAAUGGCUGGUGUGAGAGCAUCUCCCGGAACCUCCUCUGAUUCCAACACUUUUGGGGGUUACGGAUACGACGUGUUCUUGAGCUUCAAUAUCGAAGAAACUCGCAAGACUUUUAUUGACCACCUCUACACAGCCUUGAACAACGCAGGAUUUCUCACGUUCAGAGACGAUGAACUUGAGAGAGGAGAAGAUAUAAAGCCAGGACGGCAGAAAGCGAUCCAGCAGUCACGAACUUCUGUUGUCGUGUUUUCGAAAGAUUACGCGUCAUCCAGAUGGUGCCUUGAUGAGCUUGUUGUGAUCCUUGAAUGCAAGAGGACCACCUCGGACCAUGUAGUUGUACCAGUCUUCUACGAUGUCGAUCCGUCCGACGUGAGGAAGCAGACGGGAAGUGUUGGAAAAGCAUUUGCUAUAAGCCAGAAGAAUCAGUCGCCGGAAAAAGUGGAGGGAUGGAGGAAGGCACUUGCAGAGAUUGCAGAUCUAGCAGGCAGGGUCUUACAAAAUCAAGCUGAUGGGAACGGAUCAAAGUUGAUCAAAAAAAUUGUUAAAGUGAUUGUAGACAAGAUACGUCGCACACCAUUGAGUGUUGAACCAAAAUUGAUUGGAAUCAAAUCUCAAGUCAAACACAUCAAUUUGUGGUUACAAGAUGGAUCAAGUGAUGUUGGUAUACUUGUUGUGUAUGGCAUGUCAGGAAUAGGGAAGACAACCAUUGCAAAAUAUGUUUACAAUUCAAAUUUUAUAAGCUUUGGAGGAAGUAGUUUCAUUGAAAAUAUCAAGGAAAGAGCAGAUCGACCAAAUGGCUUAGUUCAAAUACAAAUGCAACUUCUUUCUGAUAUUUUGAACGGUAGAAAAGUGAAAAUACAGACUGUUAGUGAGGGAAUAAUUAAGAUUGAAAGCGCCAUAAGCUCUAGAAGAGUUCUACUUGUUCUUGAUGAUGUGGACCAUAUGGACCAAUUAGAUGCAGUACUAAAAAUGAAAGAUCAGUUUUAUCCUGGAAGUAAGAUACUUAUAACAACCAGGCGUGAAAGAUUGCUAAAGGCAAAUCAAGUUACAAAGGUGUACAAAGUUGAAACUUUGAAUUACAAUGAAUCACUAGAGCUUUUCAGGUGGCAUGCUUUUGGCCAGGAUCACCCCCUUAGAGGUUACAUGGAAUAUUCAGAAAAGGUUGUACACUAUUGCAACGGACUUCCAUUAGCUCUAAAAGUUUUGGGUUCUUCUUUAUCAAGGAAAAGUAUAGGUGUAUGGGAAAAUGCAUUGGAGAAGCUAAUAGUUAUUCCUAAUGGUGAAAACAUGAAUAAACUAAGAAUUAGCUAUGACAGUUUACAAGAUGACCAUGACCGAAAAUUAUUCCUCCACAUUGCUUGUUUCCUAAUAGGAAGGGACAAAAACUACAUUGUUAGAAUACUCGAUGGAUGUGAUUUCUAUACAAAUGUUGGCAUUCAAAAUCUCAUUGAUAGAUGCUUGGUGACAAUUGAUAAAUACGGCAAGGUGAAUAUGCAUGACAUGAUUCGUGACAUGGGAAGAGAAAUUGUCCGCCUGGAAUCAGAAGAGCCUAAGAAACGUAGUAGAUUAUGGUGCCACAAGGAUUCUUUGGAAGUACUGAGGGAAAAGAAUGGUACAAAAAGAAUCCAAGGUCUUGUCUUGGAUAUGCGUAUGCAUCCUGCACACAAUCCAAUAAACACAAAUGAGACAAUCUUGGAAACCAAUGCAUUUAAAAAGAUGCACAAAUUACAGCUACUCCAUCUUAGUGAUGUAAUACUGGAUGGAUGUUAUGCAGAUUUCCCUACAGGAUUAAGUUGGUUGUGUUGGUCUCAAUUUCUAUUGGAUUCUAUACCAAUUGAUUUUCCUUUGGGGUGUCUAGUUGUUCUUGAAAUGCAAUACAGUAGUUUGAGACAAGUCUGGAAAGGAACAAAAUUUCUUCCAUCGUUGAAGAUCCUUGACGUCAGCCAUUCCCAUGCUCUCACUGAAAUAAUGGACUUCUCAUUUUGCCCCAAUCUAGAAGAACUGAUUCUUGUAGAUUGCACAAGCCUGAUUUAUGUUCAUGAAUCCAUUGAAGACUUGAAGAGACUUGUGUCCUUUAAUAUGAAGGAUUGCAAGAAUCUUAGGAUGCUUCCAAAGAACAUGUGUUUGCUUGAAUCACUUGAAACACUCAUUUUAUCUGGUUGCUCAAAUCUUGAUGAGUUAGCAGUGGAGAUUGUAAAGAAGAUGGGGUCUUUGAAAGUUCUUGAAAUAGUUGGAACUCCAUUAAGUGAAUUAUGGCCACAAAGAAGUUCAACUAUCACAAAUUCAGCAGAGUGGAUCUUUUUAGCCACUAGCCUUUGCAUGGAGAUUUUAUCAGCUGCUUGUGAUCAGGCUUCGUCCCCAAGUGAGCCUCGGUAUGCGCUGUUCGGUAUGCUCUUGGCUUUUGCAGCUCUACUCACUUGCAUAUGGGAGCUGAUUUACAAGGGCAUGAAAAAAAAUGUGGUAUGGGGGAGGAGGGGAUGUCACAUGCUUUUUGGUUCUGAUAUUGAACUUUUUGUGUUAGCCGGAGGCAUUGCUCAGUGUGUUUGCUCGAUAAUUCAAUACAUUUAUUACGUCCGGCAUGCUGAUAAUCCUAUCAAAAUGUCCCUUUUGCCUGCCAUCUUUGUCAUAUGUUUGAUAGCUACGAGAUUAAGCAGGGAACGGAUGCAAACCACAUAUGAGACCGGUGAACAUACAGCUUAGACAAAGAGUGAUUGGUAAGAUGUGCUCGUUUGUUUGUAGCCUAAUCAUGUUUCAUAAAAGCAUACGGAGAAUUAUGCUGUCAGUAUGAAUGAAGAUUCUCUAUAAACAUUUGUGUAAUUUGUUAACAACUUAGCCGAGGUUCGUCCUCCAGACACAGGACCAGGCAAGAGUUUCAGAAACUUCAGGUUUGACGUAGCUCCAAUCUUGCAAUCAAUUGAUGCUGGUUUCCGUUCUCCACUGUAACUUGCUUCUUGUAAAGUGGUUCAAGUCUGCAUAGCUGGGUUAAUAUCCCCAUUUGGUUUGUAUUCCCAAACACGAGAGUUGCCCUUCAUGUCAGAUGUCAUCGUUGUUGGUGUUAUAUUUUCA